AUGAAUUACUCUUACCGGCAAGAAGAAUUGGACUGUUAUUUCGAAUUCCAAUGCAGUACCAUUGUUGAGUCAGUUGAUGCUUAUCCCUUUCGUCUGGAGAUUACAAGGUCCAUUGAAAGCGUCCUUGACGACCCCCAACCUGAACUGACUCUCAAUAAUGCAGUGGAAAAGAGUUCUUUAUUGACAAUGGGAGACAUUCUGUUUGGGCGUAAAAAACAGUGUUUCAAUGGUCCCCCUGUAAAAGGGACACAAUGGACAACUAAUUCUUUGAGAAAGACAGCUGAUAGUAAACCAAAUGAAAAGCCCCUAAAAGGAUUGCUUGCUCCAUCUACCGACUCGAUCUCCGAAAAUGUGUUCACGUUUAAUUCUUCAUCACAUUCGUUGGUAGAGCCUGCUAAGGUGGAGGAUCAAUUGCUUGCAAUAAAUUCACAAAAUACCAAUUCCUCAAAUCCUGGUUCUGAGGUUAAUCUCUAUUCCAGAUCAUGCUCCAUAAUGUAG